GCUCCACUUGAUGUCCAUAUCCCAAAAAUCAGCCCGUUUUGACCCUUCCUUCCAAGCUUCGCCCAUCGCUGAGGAUACAGCACCUGCAGGAAGAAGUAAACUACAAUUGCUGUUGCAUAAAGAAAAUCUUAACUGGUCCUAAACAGGCAAAAUCUGAGAGAGUCCUGAGAAAGAGUGGGCUACUCCCCUCUGUUCUGCAGAUGUGUCUGGGGUUAGAGCACAUCUGUUAGCUCUACAGCACCGUCAAAGAAAACUCUGAAGCUCUCAGACCGCUGCAGCCCAAUGGCUGGUAAAGAAAUGAAGAACAGGGGUGGUAAAUGUCUGAAGGAAGUUCAUACAGUUACUGAGGCUUUAAAGACCCUCUACCGGCAAAAAUUGCUCCCUCUGGAGAAGUAUUAUGGUUUCUCCGAUUUCCACUCAUCAAGCCUUGAAGAUGCAGACUUCGACAACAAGCCCAUGAUACUAGUGUUGGGUCAGUGCUCUACAGGCAAGACCACUUUUAUCAGAUAUCUUCUUGAACAAGAGUAUCCAGGAAGCAGAGUAGGCCCAGAACCAACAACCAACAGUUUCACUGCUAUAAUGCAUGGAGAGAUUGAGGGAAUUAUUCAUGGUAAUGCUUUAACUGUGGAUCCCAACAAGCCUUUCCGCAAACUCAGCCCAUUUGGAACCACUUUCCUCAAUCGAUUCCAGUGUGUACAUCUACCCAACCGAGUCCUAGAGAGUAUCAGCAUCAUUGACACACCAGGGAUCCUGUCUGUGGCCAAACUCAAAAUGAGUAGAGGGUAUGACUUUCCGGCAGUUAUCCGCUGGUUUGCAGAGCACGUUGACCGCAUCAUCCUCUUGUGUGAUGCACACAAACUAGAGAUCUCUGAUGAGUUCUCACGCACUAUAAUGGCAUUGCGAGGCAAUGAGGACAAGCUCAGAGUGGUGCUCAACAAGGCCGACAUGGUGGACUCCCAGGAGCUGAUGCGAGUCUACGGCGCCCUCAUGUGGUCCCUCGGGAAGGUGUUCUGCACUCCAGAGGUUCUGAGAGUCUACAUCGGCUCCUUCUGGUCCUCUCCAAUGCGUAUGACAGACAAUCGGAAACUGUUUGAGCAAGAGGAGGAAGACCUUUUUGCAGACAUUCGGAAUCUGCCACGAAAUUCUGCACUGAGGAAACUCAAUGAUCUGGUGAAACGAGCACGGCUUGCGAGGGCCCAUGCUUACAUCAUUGGCUCUCUAAAAGAAGAGAUGCCUUUCGUUUUCUGCAGAGGAAAAAAGAAGAGAGAUCUAAUCUAUGAUCUUCCUGUCAUCUACUCAAGAAUCCAACAGAGGCAUCAGAUUCCACGUGGAGAUUUUCCAGAUUGCGCCAAGAUGCAGGAGCAACUCAUGAGUCACGACUUCAAGUUUAAAGGCCUCAAGCCGAAGCUCUUAGGUGGGUUGGAUGAGCUCCUAAACACUGACAUUGCCAAGCUGAUGCCUCUUCUACGCCAAGAAGAAAAGGCAGCUGACCAGCUUUUAAUGCAAGGAGGACCUUUUCUAGGGCCUCACAUGGGCCCUUUUAUUGUGGGGAACCCAUUUCAUCACUCUGGAUCCAAUGGAGAAAGUGCUCUUGUGUCAGAUGAAGAAUGGGUGGUAUCAAAAGAUAAACAAGAGUACGAUGAGAUCUUUUACAACCUCUCGCCUCAUGAGGGCAAGCUGAGUGGGACUAAAGUGAAGAACUGGAUGAUGAGCACUCGUCUGCCCAGCUCAGUUCUGGGACGAAUCUGGAAACUGGCAGAUGUGGACUGUGAUGGCAUGUUAGACGACGAGGAGUUUGCUUUGGCCGGCCAUCUCAUUGAGGGCUUAGAGGGCUUUGGUCUCCCUCAUGAGCUACCUGCACAUCUAGUGCCGCCCUCCAAAAGACCACGCAAGAUCUCUGCCACAGAGAAUAGAGACAAUGAAUAGUCUGCAGGUCUUUAUAAGCACCUAUUAAGGGAGUUAUUCUCUAUAUCAGUUUCUGAACUCCCUGAAACGCCUCGAUUGUAGUCUUUGAGUUUUUUCUGGGAAUGAAAAUGUCAUAAUAUUCAUCAUUUAAAUAAUUCCCGUCCAAGGCUUAUGCAAAAUAAAAAACUGGUCCAGCUGACCAAUGAGAUUGCAUUUCAGAAAGAGGGGCUUCAUGGAGACAGGAACUAAACAGACUUGCAGCAACAAUGUCAAAUAUAUCAAAAAAUGUGUUUUUUGAACAUUCAAGCAUGAAAACCUAUUAUAGUAGAACAAAAUCAAGAUUUUGUAAAAGGGCAU